CGAAAAACAAUUUCGCCACGAACACUGCCUUGACAAGACGUCGUCCUGUCGGCAUUUCUGGGAAAGGAGUUUGCUCAAGUUUGCUCUGUUUAGUCUUUAGAGAAGCCUCAGAAGGACACUUUCCCGACCCCCAACCAGCGUCAUGGCAGCUCGGAGGUUCGCUUCCAUUCGUGCCUGACCAUCCGAUCAGCAUUCUGCAAUCACCCGAAUUUAUUGAUCCUGAGGAGCGGGUCCAUGGAUCAAAGAACUUUCCGAUUUGUCUUUCGCAGCGCUAUCAUUGUAGCCCUGCUCUUGGUGCUGUUCUACCUUGGGCGGCCUGUUUGGUGGGGGAUCUCUGCACGGUUACAGGAGGCAAGGCAGAAGAAGGUGGACGUGUCAGCAACAGAGCUUGCAAGUCAUGGCAUGCAGGAGCUGAAGAACUACGUUGCCAAGAAGACCGGGUUCGCGGAGAAUGCGGCAGAUGCAGGCGGUCGACGGACUCUGAAAGCGAUGCAUCACAUACCACGUGAUGUCAAGAUACGGUUGCGGAGACUUAUGCAGCUGUAGGCUGACAUGUACAUACACUGCAAGGUCCUUGCUUACGGUCCCACCUCCGUGAAGAUGUCUCAGACAGUAAGUGUCGGAUCUAGCAUUAUCAAAGCUUACAAGUUGUCUCACAAAAUUAUCCACGAGAAGAAUGCUCGUGCACCUAUCUGACUCCUGCAAAAUCUUCGGAAUCAUCACAAGCAGGCAGACGCGUAAAAUAUUUGGCAAGCUCUCGCCCUUAGGGGAGUGCACCUCUACACAAGGAGUCACAUGAUACACCCGACCUGGCUCCAAGGUGGCACCCCGGCACCUUUGAGUCGGAGGCCAUUCUACUGGAUCUGGCUUUGACUAUGAUA